UCACCGACACUGCCGGCAAGCAGGGUACUUGUAACAAUACAGAUGUCGCCAUGAUGAGUCUGAGCGCUCGCUGGUAGCUACGCUUGGUGGAUCAGGGUGUUUUCUGCGGGUGAAGAUGAUGGAGGAAGACGACAUUGUCAUCACUGGCUUCUCGGCCUACUUCCCCCAAGCUGACCAUCUCGUCGAGUUUAAGGAGAAGCUGUAUGCUGGUAUUGACUUCGUCACAGAAGAUGACGCACGUUGGCCUCGAGGAUUUCUUGGCUUGCCUGAACGAAAGGGCACGAUUCGUGACCUGUCCCGCUUCGACGCCCAGUUUUUCGGCGUCAACCCGAAACAGGCGCAACUGAUGGACCCCCAGAUGCGGUUACUGCUGGAGACUUCGUACGAGGCCAUCGUGGAUGCCGGCUAUGACCCUACGACGAUGCGGGGUCGUAACGUGGGGGUCUUCAUUGGCUGCUCCGACUCCGAGUCCGAGGGUGCAAUUGGCGGUGACGCCGAGAAUGUCGACAGCUAUGUCUUGCUCGGCAACAAUCGGGCCAUCUUCGCAAACCGCAUUUCCUACUCUUUUGACUUCAACGGACCAAGCGUUGCGGUCGAGACAGCGUGUUCAUCGACACUCGUGGCCUUGAACGACGCCAUGAUGGCAAUACGCACGGGACAGUGUGAGGCGGCCAUCGUGGGCGGGAGUCUAAUCACGCUCAAGCCUACGAAAUCGCUUGUCUACCUGAACCUCGGCAUGCUUGGACCAGAUGGAAGGUGCAAGUCAUUUGACUCUCGGAGCAAUGGCUACGCUCGGAGUGAAACAGUAGGCGUCUUUUUCAUCCAACGAGCACGAGAAGCUCGCCGUGUGUACGCCAGAGUGGUCCACGUCAAGAGCAACGCGGAUGGCUACAAGAGUGGCGGACUCACAGUCCCGUCAACAAAGCUGCAAGCGAAGCUCCUUCGUGAAGUUUACGCUGAAGCGAACAUUGAUCCGUUGCAAGUACACUACGUGGAGGCUCAUGGUACCGGCACAAAAAUAGGCGACCCUCACGAGCUGGCGGCCCUAAGCAGUGUCUUCUGUCAGCAGGGACGCAAAAGACCACUCAAGGUUGGAUCCAUAAAGAGCAAUCUGGGACACUCCGAAACAGCUUCUGGUGUUUGCUCUGUUGCGAAGGUUAUCUUGGCUAUGGAGACUGGCAUCAUCGCGGGUAACCUACACUUUAACGAGGCCAACCCCGACAUUCCAUCGCUGCUUGACGGCAGCGUUGAGGUUGUGGACAAAGCGACACCAUUUGCGGGAGGUCCUGUUGGUAUCAACUCGUUCGGCUUUGGUGGCUCCAACGCGCACGCAAUUCUUGAAGCGAACCCAGGAUCGCAGGUGGACAGCAUUGUACGAGAGAAACCAGAGCUGCCGAGGCUAGUUCUCGCGGCCGGAAGAAGCCAGGAAUCGCUUAUGAGGACUAUGGACCGCAUGGAAGCUGAAGGGCCGUACCCGGAUUCGGCCUACGCUCUCUUGAAUUUCGUCGGCCAGCCCAGCGUGAUGCAAUUCCCGUUCCGGGGAUUUAUGCUGUUGCCCGUGGAUGGAUCCGACAAGCAGGUCGUCAAGAUAGUCGAGCCGGCUGCUGUCAAGGAGCGGCCUCUUUGGUUUAUUUUCACAGGCUUUGGAUGUCAGUGGAGAGGAAUGGCCCGGCAGAUGAUGCAGUUUGACGUAUUUGCACGCUCACUAGAGAAGUCGCACCAGGUCCUAACCCAGUUCUCCAUUGACCUGAUUGGUGAAGCGACGAGUGAAAACAAUUAUAGUGAUGCCAUGUCUUCAGUAUUUGCCUCCAUCACAGCAAUUCAGGUAGCGCUGGUAGAUGUGCUUUUCGCCGUAGGUCUUCGGCCGGACGGCAUAGUGGGUCACUCGUUGGGCGAGAUCGCCUGCGCCUACGCGGAUGGAUGCUUAACAGCCGAGCAGACCGUGAUGUGUGCUUACUGGCGAGGCCGCUGCGUGGACCUCGGCGACUUGCCGAAGGGAUCCAUGGCGGCCGUAGGCUUGACGUGGGAAGAGGCCAAGCGACGCUGUUGUGACGGAGUGGUACCAGCCUGCCACAACGCCGUGGAUUCGGUGACUGUGUCUGGAUCACCACAAGCUGUUUCCCAAUUGGUGGAACAGCUGAGGGGCGAAAACGUGUUCGCCCGAGAAGUGGAGGGCGCAGACAUAGCAUUCCACAGCGAACACAUUCGCAAAAUUGCGCCGCCCUUGCUUGAAGCUUUGGAAAGGGUUAUUCCUGAACCAAAGCCCCGCAGCCAGCGCUGGGUGUGCUCAUCGCUUCCUGAGAGCCGCUGGCACGAGCCCAUCGCCCAGACAUCCUCGGCCGAGUACCACGUGAACAACCUUCUCUCACCCGUACUUUUCUGUGAGGCCCUACAGCAUGUGCCUAAAAACGCCGUCGUGGUAGAAAUCGCACCGCACUGCUUACUACAGGCAGUCUUGCGCCGUGCUCUGGGCAGUGAAGCCACCAGCCUGGGCCUCAUGAAGCGCAACGUGGACAACCCGGCGUUCUUUCUCAACUCACUGGGCAAGCUGCAUGUUCUAGGCGUGAAAAUUAACCUGUCACCGCUGUAUCCACCGGUGUCAAUGCCCGUACCGCGCGGAACUCCCAGCAUAGCACAUCUUGUCAGCUGGGACCACUCGCAGUCGUGGAGCGUCGCAAAGUGCGAGGACUUCAGCCCAUCGUCAAAGUUGUCCCAGGAAAUUGCCGAAUUGGACCUCGGGGACAAUGGGCCAGACAGCUACUUGACGGGCCAUCAAAUUCAAGGGCGCAUACUGUUCCCUGCGGCUGGAUAUAUAGUCCUUGCCUGGAAGUCACUGGCAAAACGCUGUGGCAAGCCUUUCUACAAGGUUCCUGUGGUUCUAGAAGACGUCAGAUUUCACCAAGCCACCAUUAUUCAAACAAACGGUACCACGCGCUUUAGCGUCAACAUCAUGGAGGGAUCAGGUCAGUUCGAGAUCUCCGAGGCGGGCGCAGUGGCGGCGAGCGGUCGCAUUAGAAUGGCUGCAGAGAACGAGAAAAUAAUCGACAUGGAGCCGCCAUGCCCGAAUGCCGCUGACAUCGCGUCCUGCGAUCUGGAUGCCGAAGAUGUCUACAAAGAGCUGAGACUUCGUGGUUGUGAGUACUACGGUCAAUUCCAGGGCAUCCUCAAGGCCAACAUAAAAACACGGAAUGCCCUGCUCAAGUGGGACAACAACUGGAUUCCAUUCAUAGACACAAUGCUUCACGGUAGUUGUCUAGCGUACCCCAAACGAGCCCUGAAGCUUCCCGUAAAGAUAAUUUCCUGCCGCAUCGACCCAGUUGUUCACAUGGAGAUGACUAAGAAGGCAACGGAAUCAGGUGUAGGUUACGUCUACGAUAAAAGCCUGCACACAUGCCGUUCCGGAGGCAUCAUUCUGCAAGGCCUUAAGUUCAACACCGCUCCACAGCGUGUCACGGAAGAUGUCAUGGUACUCAACGAGCACGCAUUUGUGCCUCAUAUAGACAGUGAGUCUUCCCGGCAGAGAAGACAGGCAAGCCUCCAAGAAUACAUCGACGUGUGCAGUGGAGCUGCCCAAUGCAUACUACAAAGCUCUUGCGGUCAAGAAUCCGAAUCUCUCGCAGCUGGGAAAUGCAUUUACAGUGCUUCGGAAGAGGGACAGAAAUACAAUCUAAAACAUAACGCGGAGAAUUAUGGGCUGCUGAAGACCCUCACUGCCAUUCAAGAAGAGGUGAACCGUUGCGAUUCCUCGCUAGUGCAAAUCAUCCAAUCAGCUAUUAAGACCUAUGAGGAAGAACUAGAAAACGAUGUCAUUAAGACAGCUCUGUUUGAAGAAGAUCCCUUGAGGCACCUUCUCGAUGUUGUGGUCGAAAACACCAGCACCCCGAAACUUGAAGUUUGCGAGUUAGUCACCGCAAGAAGACACUGCGUUCCGUAUUCCCAGUUUACUCAACUUCUUGCUAUGGCAAAAACAAGGCUGAAGGUUGACUACACUGUGGCUUUCCCGUCUGACAGUGACUUCACAUCAGUGAAUGUUUCAGAAGGAACCAGUUUGCUUCAUUGGAAUCCCUCUGCAGUUCCAAAUAAGAAACUGCCCGAAGCUGACUUCCUUGUGGCAUGCCUUUCCACGUGGGGAUCCAGCCAGAUAGAAAUUCUAGCUCAACAACUUUCAGUGCAAAGCAAAAAACAAGGAUUCAUCCUGAUUGUCUUGCGCACCGCAGUGACACCUGCCGAGCAAGUUUUAAUGUCUUUGGGUUGCAUUCAACUUCAAGUUCACAGAGAAGAGGCAGUGGAAUCGUUGUUCAACUCUUAUGGUUUCACCAUUGUUGGUCUGAAGUCGAAUAAUUUUUCAACACUGCUGCUUCUGCGGAAUACUCUCGAAGAAGCGAAGCCUGCGGUUGUUAAAGUGUCCAGCGACAACUUUCAUUGGAUCGAUGAGUUAAAGGCAAAAGUAAUCGAAUACGAAAACAAGCCAGACGGACACACUAUUUGGCUGAUCGCUGAUGACAACGAUACAAGCGGCGUCCUCGGCUUGGCAAACUGCCUCCGACGGGAGACAGGAGGAAGGCAUGUUAGGUGCAUACUCAGAAUAGGCAUGGAGGAGUCGAAACCGAUCGUCGACUUCAGUCCAGACAACCAAUUGUACAACACUUUACUCAAGCAGGACCUAGUAAUGAACGUCUACAGAGACGGGCAGUGGGGAUCCUACCAUGAUACGAGCAGCAUAUUUCGUGGCCCCCAGACGAUCGCCACGGAGCUCGCCUUCCUCAACGUGCAGACGCGGGGCGACCUGUCCAGUCUCCAGUGGUACGAGUCGCCAUUGCGUUACGCUAGCCCAUCCAGUCGCAGCAACAGAGUCCUCUGCACAGUGUACUACGCUCCGCUCAACUUCAGGGACGUCAUGAUCGCCACUGGAAAGCUGCCGCCCGACGCGCUGCCAAGUGACCAAGCCGACUACGAGUGCCUUCUGGGUCUAGAGUUCUCAGGACGUGACCCUCAAGGUCGCCGAGUCAUGGGUUUUGUGGAAAGUCAGGGCAUGGCUACAGUUGUGUCGGCAGAUACGGAAUACCUGCUGGAGGUGCCUGAAACCUGGACCCUCGAGGAGGCCUCAACUGUCCCUGUAGUUUACAUGACUGCCUACCUGGCUCUGCUUGUGCGCGGAAAUAUGCUUCCAGGAGAGUCGCUGCUCGUUCACUCGGGAAGUGGCGGUGUCGGGCAAGCAGCUAUCUCUAUCGCUUUGGCAAUGGGGUGCACCGUUUUCACCACCGUCGGUUCCCAAGAGAAGCGAGAUUUCCUCAAGAACCGCUUCCCACAGCUCCAAGACAGACACAUCGCAAACUCGCGUGACCUUUCCUUUGAAGAACACAUCCUCCGAGAAACUGGUGGUCGAGGGGUGGACCUCGUGCUCAAUUCGUUGGCCGAAGCGAAGCUCCAAGCCAGUUUACGCUGCUUGGCAGAACGUGGGCGCUUCCUGGAGAUUGGAAAGUUUGACUUGUCCAGGGACUCGCCUUUAGGCAUGGCGGUGUUCCUCAAGAGCACAACGGCUUCAGUGGUGGAAAAGAGACGUCAAGUUAUGAAACUCCUCCGCGAUGGUAUUGCAUCGGGCGUUGUCCGACCGCUGAAUGCCGUUCAAUUCAAGAGCAACCAUGCCGAAGAGGCCUUCAGAUUCAUGGCUGCAGGAAAGCACAUGGGAAAAGUUGUGCUAGAGAUCCGACCUGAAGAAGCGCAGCCGCUGGCCGCACCUGCGACGCCACUUAUAGUGAAGGCCACCGCGCGCACUCGAUUCUACGAACGGAAGUCGUACGUUAUCGUCGGAGGCCUGGGUGGUCUCGGCUUGGAGCUCGCGGAGUGGAUGGUGAACCGUGGAUGUAGAAAGCUGGUCUUGACGACGCGUUCCGGAGUGAACACAGGAUACCAGCGUUUUUGCCUGCAACGAUGGGGAGAAGCGGGGGCCAACGUCCUCGUGAGCAAAGCCGAUGCCUCCACGCUGAAUGGCUCUCAGGAGAUCAUCAAAGAAGCCGAUGCCAUGGGCCCUGUUGGUGGCAUCUUUAACCUAGGCGGGGUGCUUCGCGACGCGCUUCUAGUGAACCAGACAGCCGAGGCCUUCGAAGCUGUAUGCAAAAUCAAGAUCGACGGCACCCGGUACUUGGACGAGCUGUCCCGCACUUUGUGCCCAGAGCUAGACCACUUCGUCGUUUUCUCCUCUCUCGCCUCCUGCCGGGGCAACAUCGGUCAGAGCAACUACGGCUAUGCUAACUCCGCUAUGGAACGCAUCUGCGAGCGUCGAGCUGCCGCCGGACUACCCGGGCUGGCCAUCCAGUGGGGUCCCAUUAAAGAUGUCGGCAUGUUCCUCCAGGCAAUGUAUUUAGAUGUCGAGAGCUAUGAGCUCGUACCACAGCCGAUCGCUUCGUUCAUUUCGGCGAUGGACCAAUUCUUGUGCCAAAGGCGAACUAUUGUUUCCAGCUAUGUAAAGCCUCGUCACUCGACCAAGGAGGACAGCAAAAAGAAGCAUGAUCCUGCACAUUCUGUUGCACGUAUUCUUGGCAUCAAGGAUCCAUCAAGUCUGAACCCGGACGUUAGUUUCGGCGAGCAUGGAAUGGACUCGCUCAUGGCUGUCGAGGUGAAGCAGACGCUGGAGAGAGACUUUGAUCUCGUCCUCUCUAUGCAACAGAUCCGGCAGCUAACCAUCAACGAGCUGCGUACAAUCGGUAAUACCGGCUGUGCCUGUAACGUCACCUCCAGAAACCCCAACACAUCAAACAAUGAAAAAGACUUCGUCAACUCGUCAAACUUGCCACGGCUCAGGCUCUUCGAAAAAACAGUACAUGAAAACAUCGUGGUUGAAAUGAAUGGCCUUGAAGGAUCUAGUCCAGUGUUCUUCGUUCAUCCGAUCGAGGGUCACGUGCGUGCCUUGACAGAGCUGGCACGGUACCUUCCUGUACGCGCUGUUGGACUGCAGCGGACAACCGACGUAAAUUUGCGGUCAAUCACAGAAAUGGCGUCGACUUACUUGAAGGCAAUACUGAAAACGCAGCCCAGUGGUCCGCAUCACCUGGUGGGAUAUUCGUACGGGACUACGGUGGCCCUUGAGGUAGCUGUGCAGCUACAGGCUUCCGGAGCCACCGUUGGGAGCCUAACCUUUCUCGAUGCUGCACCACAGUACGUGCGCGUGGUUUCGGGUUACCAACGCGACCUUCUGGGUCAAGAAACCGAUGAGCAAGAGACAAAUCUCCUCUGUGCCUACCUGAUGCAGUACGUGGACGCCGACUUUUCCGAGGUGCGCGACAAGCUAAGCCAGUGCAAGAACUUUGACACCAAACUAGACGUGGCCAUCAACAUCCUCCUGAAAGCUUUUGGAGACGAGCAACCGAGCCGACAAGACCUUGCAAUUAGCAUGUCUACCUUCUGUGACUGUCUGAAGGCCGGAAGUACUUACGAGCCAGAAGUCAAGUUCAGUGGGAACGUAGUGCUUGUCAAGGCAUCGCAAGCACAAGACAUGGCACGACAGCUACCGCCCGACUACGGUUUAUCGGAGUGCUGUGACGGAGAAGUCGACGUCAGAGUGGUGGAUGGCUCACACGAAAGCUUCAUUUUCGGUGAAGGUGCAAAGCAAUGCGCAGACAUUAUCAGCCAGCAGGUGCGGCGCUGAAGCACGGUGGGCCUUGUACCACACAGGGUACACACGGCAUCAGGGAAGGUGCAUCGGCCGAUGCGAGAAAGAAGAUGCGUAACCUGAUGAAGUGAAUACUAUUUGACUGCACUUUAUUUUUGGGUGUUUUAUAAGGUCUGUUAAAAUUUUGUGAUUCAUGA